UUCCUGCCGUCAAGGUGCCGCAGCUGCACCGCUGCAACAACGAAAGUAAACCGAACGGUAACAUUUUCUUGAGUAAUCUGUAGUAAAUAAAUAAUUAUGUAAUGCACCUCAGUCAGAAGUCUCAUGCAAAGACGGACAUGCCUUUAAUUUCGUAUCGCCUUGUAUGACCUGUGAAAGAUGGAUGAAGUAAUGGAUUCUCAGAAAAGUUUGACUGAUGAAGUCAAGCCAGACGAUGUAAAGAACAACGUUCCACAAACAAACUCAACAGAUGGAAAAGAUGAACUCCUAUGUGAACCACAAAUACCUGACACUACAAAAGACUGUGAGCUAACAGAGAACACACACGAUGCCUCUCAGAAUUCAGUGGACUGUGGCUCUGCAGGUGAACUGGAUGAAUCUGUUCUUGCAGGUAACAGAAGUAAUGCAGAUGAGUUACACUGUUCUAAUGGGCAGAAAUCUAAGAGGCCCAGUUCGCCUGGUCCCCACUCUGUUAAAACAACCUGUGUUGCUGCACACUCAACAAAUCCAAAACUCACCCUCUGUCUUAGUAACAGUCCCAUGAAGGUUGUAAGUACACCCAGUGAUGUGGAGAUGCUGAGUCCUGACAGUCCAGUCAGUAAAACCAUGAUCACCAACAACUCUGCAGAGAAGGAUUGUGAUGGCAGUGCUUCUGCAGAGGACACUGGCUUUGGAAAGGCUCAGGUAAUGGGAUCUCAGCAGAUUGUCAAAGACUUUGAUCUUGGAAGUUCGGCCAAAGAAAGCGUUCUUCCCGUUGCCGUGGGUCCUGAGGAUGCUGAAGUAGCAGAGUGCAGUAGCUCAUCUAAUAUGAGCCAGGACUUAACUGAAAGCCAGUCAUUUGCAAUUUUCAAAAGGUACUUUGUUUCGUUUACAUUGCGUAAUUUGGACAAACGAUGGCUGGGAACACCCAUAGAUGAGCUGAACAGAAUACCCCAGUGUGCUCCCCCUCUGUCUCACCUGAAAGCAGUGCCUAAUCACACUGUCACAGUCAGGACAGAUCUCCUCAAAGAGGGAGAGGUCCCUGUCCCAUACCCCACCAAGUUCAAAGAUGCAUGGGAUGAUGUGUCAGUGAAGAUGCCCUGCUCUGAGAAGAAUCUGUUUCCUAUGGAUACUGAGGAUGGAGGCGGCGUCCAAAGUCGGUGGGAGCUGAUCCACACUGCCUUGCAGGGAGGGUUCAAAAGUUGUUUGGAUGUGAGGGAUGCAAUAUUGAGGUACAACACAGCCAAUGCAAAGAAAUGGGACUUCACUGCCCUGAACCUGCUUUGCACAGAGUAUCUUGAGCAUUGUGAGAUGCAACACCUGUUUGAGGUUGUGCUACCUGCUAUGGUCGACCUGGCUCUCAGCGCUCCUCGCCUUUGCACAAUGCCAAUCCCUCUACUGAAGUCAAGGAUGAACCAUUCUUUGACUCUGUCUCAGGAGCAAAUAGCCUGUCUUCUGGCCAACGCCUUCUUCUGCACAUUCCCCCGACGCAACUCCCGCAAAUCGGAGUACGGAAAUUACCCUGAGAUCAACUUCUACAGGUUGUUUGAAAGUUCUUCACCAAAAAAAAUUGAGAAAUUGAAAACACUGCUGUGUUACUUCAGGAAAGUUACACAUACCAGACCCAAGGGUCUUGUUACAUUCACAAGACAAACACUAAACAAUCCUCCAAACUGGGAAAGCUCCCAGACUCAGCUGACACGCCUACAUAUCACUUGUCAAGGGACCAUUGAGGAUGAUGGAUAUGGGAUGCUGCAGGUGGACUUUGCAAACAGACUAGUCGGUGGUGGAGUCACAGGAAACGGACUGGUUCAGGAAGAAAUCAGGUUCCUCAUUAAUCCUGAACUCAUUGUCUCACGCCUCUUUACUGAAUCUAUGGAAUACAAUGAAUGCCUCAUCAUCACAGGAACUGAACAGUACAGUAAAUAUUCUGGCUAUGCCGAGAGUUACAAAUGGAAAGACAGCUACAAAGACGAGACACCCAGGGACGACUGGCAGAGGAGAUGUACAGAGAUCGUGGCCAUUGAUGCUUUAAAAUACCGGCACUUCCUAGAGCAGUUCCUCCCAGAGAAGAUGACCAGAGAACUCAAUAAGGCGUAUUGUGGAUUCUAUCGAAAUAACGCCAACAGCAAACAUCUCUCUGCGGUAGCCACGGGCAACUGGGGCUGUGGAGCUUUUGGUGGAGACACACGACUCAAAGCGCUGAUUCAGUUCAUGGCAGCAGCAGAGGCCGGGAGAGACGUGGCAUACUUCACGUUUGGAGAUGCUCAACUCAUGAGAGAUGUUUAUGAAAUGCACACUUUCCUCACCGAGAGACAAGUCACCGUUGGCCAGCUGUACAGCCUUUUAAACCAGUACUUCAAUCUGAUGUGCAAGAAUUGCCGCACGACCCGACCUAACAUCAGUCUCUACAGUUUCAUCAACGAGAGAGUCUCCUCCCCUGCGACUGCCGACACCUCGGACUCCGCAAAGGAUUCUGGGAUGUCGCCUGUAACAUCGGACUCUCAUUAACUCCCUUCUUUUGUCUCUCUCUGUAGAAGAGACUCCAGGUUCAGAAACUUCAGUGUGCUCUCAGUCUUGUGCUUACAAUCACUCGUUCUCUCACAUACACUCCCUUUAAGUUUGUGAUUCCAACACACAAACUACACAAACACAGUUUUGCCUUUCUCGCUGGUGGUAUUAUAGGAGCCUGGUAGUACGGCACCAAACGUGGUGAAAUGUUUCAGAGACUUAUAGCAAUAGUAAAUCCUGGUUGCUGUUAGGCCUUUGUUUAGUCUAAAUGUGAUGUGGAAUUCUUUUUUAAGCACUAAUUACAAAUACGGCCAAAUAUUCAUCAUAUGCAUGAUUGUGGACACUUUUCACUAUUGAUAAUCCAGGACAUGAUAAUCCCCCUGGUUAUCUUGUCUUAUAUUGUGUUUGCUACUUUUUUUUGAUGAGUUAUAUUCUCUAUUUACCAUACCCAGCCUGUGGUGAGGUUCCUGAAUGCCGAGAGAUGAUGAGAUGCCAUACUGUAGUCUAUGCAUGGGUAACAUUUAUUUAUCAAAUAUUCUACAACAAAUAUAUGCUGCUCUUUUAUAUCCUAUAUGAUGUUGGAGUUCAACAUACACAUUGUCCUUAAGGCUUAUUUUAAUAGGAGUCAAAAUAAUCGCUCGAUAGGAAAAUCAUCUCAGAUGAAAUGGAUACUCGGAAUUUAUGGUCACUUCAUCAAUUUAAAAUAUAUUCAGUGUUAAGCACAGUAUUGAUACUGUAUAUAUGAAUUAAAGGGGGAGCAGAGAAAGAGAGAAUUGCACGAAUAGUAUUAUUUUUGUUAAUGUUUUUACUCAACAUUUACUUUGGGGAAUGUGGUUAGGUUUUUUUGUAUAAUUUACUGUGUUUUCUGGUUGACUGUGGGUUCUAUUUAAUGAUGGGUUCAUGAAUAGAUUAAAGACUAUAAUGUAUUGCAUAGGACUGUACUUGAGCCUUUUAGGUUGUACUAUUUUUAUUAUAAUUUCCUAAUUAAAGUAUAUCCUGUUAAAAUUC